AUGAAUAAGUCGAUCUUAAUAAUCUUCGCCGCAUGCGUCGGCUUCGUUUUAGCAAAACCAAAAGUGUCAGGACCAUUUCCUGAGAGUCGUAGAAAAUCCAUACUAGUUGCUCGGCAAAACUUCUGUAAUGCUGGAAGUGGGUUUAAUUAUGACAAACUUUACAAAAUAAAAUUAGCUCGAAUAUUUCCAUCCGACGACAGCUAUUAUUGCUACGUGGGUUGCUUUUGUACUGAAACAAAAUCCCUAAUGUCAGGUGAAAAAAUCUUAAGCGAAGUAUACAUCAGAGCUGCUCUCACUCGGACAAUUUCUUUACUCAAAGCAGAUUAUCUUAUUUCUAACUGCAAAAAUGUGCAAGUUGCGAUCGAUGUAUGUGAAACUGGAAAAAUAAUUCAUAAUUGUUUUGCUCUGCAAAACAUUAUUUUGGCAGAUUUCAUCGGAUACGCUAGUAAUGACGUAAUAUAA